GGCACUUUUGCUGAAUCUGCAUCUUCAUCAUGACGGCUUUCGAAGAGAUGGGCGUUAUGCCCGAAAUUGGACAGGCAGUGGAGGAAAUGGAAUGGACUUUACCAACUGAUGUCCAAUCAGAAGCAAUUCCGAUGAUUCUCGGUGGUGGAGAUGUUCUUAUGGCAGCUGAGACUGGUAGCGGGAAAACUGGAGCGUUUUGUCUUCCAAUAAUGCAAAUUGUGUAUGAAACACUGAAAGACCAGGAGGAAGGAAAGGGAAGAAAGCUUUCCUCGAAAACAGCAGGUACUGGAGGAAAUGCCUGGAAGAUGAACAUGCAUGACAGAGGAGAUGCUAUGGCCAUUGAUCCUGAGGGACUGUUAUGUCAAGCUCGAGACCAACAGAAAUGGCACGGAACACGCUCCAACAAGGCUGUAACUCAGGAAGGUCGCUAUUAUUUCGAGUCGACAGUCACAGAUGAGGGACUAUGUCGUGUGGGGUGGGCAACUGACAAGGCCACACUUGAUCUGGGAACUGACAAAUUUGGGUUUGGUUUUGGUGGAACGGGCAAGAAGUCCUGGGGCAGACAGUUUGACUCUUAUGGACAGGUUUAUGGCAUGAAUGACACAAUUGGUUGCUUCUUGGACAUCGACAAUGCAGAAAUCCGUUGGUCAAAAAACGGUGUGGACCUGGGAAAAGCCUAUGAUAUUCCGCCUCACUUAAAAACUGAGAAGUUCUAUGCUGCUGUCACACUGAAGAAUGCUGAAAUGGAGUUCAACUUCGGUAAAACACCUUUCAAGUUCCCACCAGGAAAGAAUUAUGUGGGUUUAGCCCAGGCAAGUUCUCGGUGUGUUAUACAGUCCAGGAUCUCCAGUGGAGCGGCAGUUAGUUCUAAGCCUGCCCCUAAUGCCCCACAGGCCAUCAUAAUAGAGCCUUCCAGAGAACUUGCAGAACAGACUUUCACACAGAUCCAGAAGUUCAAAGUUCAUCUGUCAAACCCUUCCAUUAGGGAGUUGCUGAUUAUUGGUGGAGUCAAUGUCAAAGACCAGAUGGAUGUCCUACAAAGAGGGGUGGAUAUUGUAGUUGGAACACCUGGAAGACUAGAAGACCUUAUCUCCACAGGCAAACUGCUGUUACACCAAGUCCGUUUCUUUGUCCUUGAUGAAUGUGAUGGCCUCCUGUCUCAAGGUUACAGUGACCUUAUUAACAGACUGCACCAGCAGAUUCCCAAGGUCACCAAUGAUGGUAAACGGCUCCAGAUGAUCGUCUGCUCGGCCACACUCCACUCAUUUGAUGUCAAGAAAAUGGCUGAGCGACUGAUGUACUUUCCAACAUGGAUAGAUCUGAAAGGUCAGGAUGCUGUACCGGAGACCGUUCAUCAUGUGGUAUGUAGGAUCGACCCAACACAAGAUACACGAUGGAAGUCCUUACAGCGACACGUAGCCACUGAUAGCGUCCACCAAAGUGACAACACGUCCGGGUCAUCUCAAGAAUCCUACUCGGAAGCCAUUAAGAUCCUGAAGGGAGAGUAUGUAUUAAAGGCUAUCGAGGAGCAUAAGAUGGACCAGGCUCUCAUCUUUUGUCGUACCAAACUUGACUGCGAUAACUUAGAAAAAUAUCUCCUGCAGCAAAGGGGAGGACGUAAUGUCUCCUGUGUUUGUUUACAUGGUGAUCGUAAGCCACAUGAAAGGAAGGCUAAUUUACAGAAAUUCAAGGACAAGGCAGUGAAGUUUCUGAUCUGUACAGACGUAGCGGCCAGAGGAAUUGAUGUGGGCGGUCUACCAUGUGUGAUCAAUGUAACCCUCCCUGAUGAGAAGCAGAAUUACAUCCAUAGAAUCGGUCGUGUGGGGAGAGCUGAAAGGAUGGGACUAGCAAUUUCUUUUGUUUCCACUGUUAAAGAAAAGGUUUGGUACCAUUCUAACUGUAAUAACCGUGGUCGUGGCUGUUACAACACAAACCUUACUGACUAUGGAGGCUGCUGUAUCUGGUACGACGAACCAAAGCUGUUGCUGGAAAUCCAAGAACACCUUGAUAUCACCAUAGAUACAGUUGAAGCUGACCUCAAGAUUCCCAUUAACGAGUUUGAUGGAAAAGUUACCUAUGGUAACAAGAGAAGAAAUACAGGAAGUGGGUAUCAAGGACAUGUGGCUUCAUUGGCCCCGGCAGUCAAGGAGCUGGCUGACCUUGAGAAAAGAGCACAGACGUCAUUCAUUGACCUCAAAAACAAUAAACGGUUCAUGACACGAUGAUCUAAAGAGUAAUCUAUAUGACUGAAGAGUUCCUUACCUGAAUGACUUAUCUGUUUAAAGGAUGCUUGAUGUACAUGUACUGGUCACUGUGUAUAUAGUCUGAUAGGGGUUAUUUAUAAUAUAGGACACAUUGAUAUAAUGUCACUAUGGAGAUUACUAUAAUCAGUUUUGUUAAAAGCAAUGCUUAUGGCUUAUUUUCUCUGGAAAAAUAUUCUUUAACAAUCUUCAAUUUAUUAGCUCACCUGGUCCGAAGGACCACAUGGUGAGCUUAUGCCAUAACCGCUGAUCAGAAUUUAACCACAUUUGGUAGGAAGCAUCCCUAGGUAGGGUGGGACUCAAAUUUAUACAUAUGAUGGGGCUGACCCCCCAGGGGCCCGAGGGGCGGGGCCAAAAGGGGUCGAUUUGGCAAUAUUGAUAUAAACAACUUCUUCUCUGGACCUAAGCAAUGUAUGACAUUGAUAUUUCAGCAGUAACAUCCCUAGGUGGGUGGGAUUCUAAUUUAUACAUAUGAUGAUGGGGCUGACCCCCCAGGGGCCUUAGGGGGUGGGACCAAAAGUGGUGAUUUUGGCAAUAUUGAUAUUAACAACUUCUUCUCUGGACCUAAGCAAUGUUCGACACUGAUAUUUCAGUGGUAACAUCUCUAGGUGGCGGGAAUUUAAAUUUAUACAUAUGAUGGGCUGAUCCCCCCCAGGGGCCUCAAGGGGCAAAAAGGGAUCAAUUUGACUAUAUUGCUAUAAAGGACUUAUUGCAUUUUUGAAACAAUUAAGAUCAUGAGAUGAACACAAUCCUGAUGUAAAAAAUAAGCCCAGGGGUCCUUUCCCAACCCCAAGGGGUUAAGGUUUCUUUAAACACAAUCAUGUUGAGUGUUGACUUCGUUUCUAGGUUAUAUCAUUGAAGCAGCCAGUUGAGAUCUUCACCCCAUAAUCAUACAUAUAGUAUUGUUAGACAUUAACAAAUAUAACAUGAACAUUAUUUUUAUCUUUGCUCAAAUAAACCAGGUGAGCGAUACAGUGGGGGAGGUUUUUUCUCUUUUUCUCAGGAUAUCUUCAAGCACUUUUAUGAUCCUGAUUCUAAUAACGUACAUUCAAGUGCCUAGUGACUUCAUUCAUGAGCCUUAUUUACAGUGAUUUCGUGAUUUCAAUAUGUAAACUAUACAUGUGUGGGUAACUUUUGCCUAAAUUUCCACGUUUCCAGUAUUUAGAAGCUUUGCUGAUUUUACUGAACAAUUGCUUAUUUAAGUUUCAAUGCCGUAAUAUAGAUGGAAUAUUAUUGUGAUCUCAAACAGCAAUUAAUAAAGUGCUACUAUUGCAAAAGUGA